CUGCACACAGUUCCUCAUCUCUCUGGUUCAAGAUGGCCUCGUCGUUUUGGAAAGGUGUUGUCGGCGUCGGACUUUUUGCCUUAGCCCACGCAGCUUUCUCAGCGGCACAGCAUCGAUCAUACAUGCGACUCACAGAGAAGGAAAACGAGACGCUACCAAUUGAUAUUGUAUUACAGACCCUAUUAUCGUUUGUGAUGACCUGUUACGGUAUUGUCCACAUUGCUGGAGAGUUUAAAGACAUGGAUGCUUCCUCGGAGCUGAAAAACAAAACAUUUGAUACACUGAGGAACCACCCAUCCUUUUACCUUUUCAAUCACCGGGGUCGGGUGCUAUUCCGCUCGCCGGAGGAGGAGCCCUCCUCUGCACGCAACCAGCAAGCUCUUCCCAACCCCAUACGGCUACGCAAGCUGGAGCAUUUGCACUGAGACUGGCCUUUUCCUGCCUGUAACAUCAUCUACGUCAGAUAAGAUUUGUUUUUGUUAGACAGAGGGGGCAAAGUGAGAAUUCAUCUUCCUCUACUUUAAUUUGUAUUUGUAUAUGAACUAAUAUACUGUCCAAACCUGCAUCUAUGUCCAUAGAAGUGGUCACUACCAUAUUCAACACUGACUGUGCCAACCCUUCAGUUUUUCAAGCAGAUUUGUUUGUAUAUACAGUAUAUAAAUGCUUUGGAGACUUAAGAUACUGAGACAUCUCCCCCCUUUUGUCCCUUCUGAACUGAAUUGGGAUUAUUGCUGUCCUUUGUAUAUCCUUUGUAUGAGGGGCAUAAAAAUGCCUGUUUAGUUACUGUUUCAUUUCAACCACACAUGAGUCUCGAGCAGCUGUAUGGGAAGAAUUUUGUUAACUGAAAUGAGUUUUGUCGUAUGAACUGAGGACCUUUUAUUCCCUUGAUGAUUUCCCAGAAGCAUAAAGGCUCGUCUGUACAUCCUGUAUGCAAUAAAGAGGUUUGAUUUAUGCCACAGGAAAUCAGCUCAAGGUGAGAGAUGUGAGAGAAGAAAACAUUAGACAGCCGUUCCAAUGAUACUGUGAACACUAAGGCAAAUUAGAGAGCAAUGGUACAUUCAUUUGGGUGAAGUUAAUUUUCCCGUCAUUUUACCUUUUUGUUAAGAUGCAACAGAUUGUUUUAAUUUAAUAAAAGGCAUACUGAUUUUA